UUCCCUAAAUACGACUGUGGUGAGUUGUAUAAAAAGCCUGCAGGUCGGCACAGACAGGCAGAACAACAGGCGACAACAGGACGACUGCUUCCACCUGAACCAAAACACAGACUACUUCAACAGCUUUAAAAAAAUUUAAAAAAAACCCAGAAAAAGAUGGAAUCCGAGAUGAAAUGCAACGUGAGCGACACGUGGAGCCCCAAGAUGCCCGAGGGCCUGGACUUUGAGGUGUCCCAUCACCCGCUGACGAUGAAGCAGGUGGUGAACCUCAUCGUCGCCAUGGAGAGGUUCAAGGGCUCAGAAUCCCUGACGAGCACCGAGUUCAGAGACGAGGACCUGCUCAGCAUGAUGCUGGACAGCUUCAUGGAAGAGGAAAUUGUGUUCGAGCUCGGUUCAGCUCCCCAACCUCAGAUCAGAUGGACGGGCGAGGAGCAGUGCAGCUUGAACGACGGCGAGAAGCGGACCAUAGUUCGGGUCCAAAACAGCAUGGAGCUCCACGCCGUGAUGCUGCAGGGAGGCUCUGACCUCAAGAAAGUUGUCCUGAACAUGUCGACGUACUUGAACCCGGCACCCGGCGUGGAGGGCAGAACGGUGGCUCUGGGCAUCAAGGACACAAAUCUCUACCUGUCUUGCCGCAAGGAUGGCGACACGCCAACUCUGCACCUGGAGGCCGUGGAGGACAGAACCAUGUUGAGCGGAUCGGACACGAGCAUCAGCUUGGACAGCGACAUGGUGCGAUUCCUCUUCUACAGACAGGACACCGGGGUGAACAUCAGCACCCUCAUGUCCGUCGCCUACCAGAACUGGUACGUCAGCACUGCGCAGCGCAACAACCUGCCGUUGGCGAUGCGCCUGAAGUCCUCCAAUCACUCCCAGAUCUUCAGCAUCCGAGAGGAGGUCGAACAUCAGAGUUAAAAAGCCUGCCGGAGACACCCGCAGUGGGAUGUGGACGUGCUUCCUCAGAGUUUGACCCUCUGAGGAAGCACGUUUCUUUGGGUGUAUACUGCACUUUUUAUUGAUUCAAGAAUGCAACAAAGACGCUACGGCUGUCUGGUAACAAGUUGCGAGUGUUACAGAGCUUCUUAUUCACCGUCUGUACCAAGUACAGGCAGUGAAAUGCUUUUGUGUAUUGACUUACGUCAACUUUUUACCAGAAGAUGGCAUCAUCGUGCUUCUCUGGAGAACACCCCUGUGUAUUUAUUGUGCCGAAUGACACGCAUGUUGAUGCUUUUUAUCUAUUCAUGUAUUUAUAUAUUUAUGCGACGGUUUAAUAAUAAUUUAUGUAUUUAUUUGGACAUCUGCGUACUAACAAUUAUUUAAAUGAUGUGCAGCAACAUAUUUAAUAAAGCCUUGUAACUUA